AUGAAGGAGCAGAUAGAAAAGGAUAGGGAAAGUCUGAGAAACCAAAACACCCAAGAUUUAGGAUUUUCAUAUAUACCUUUACUUCAAGCUCAAAAAACAGCAAAAACCAAGGUAAAGCUAAGUAAGCUCUCAACGCUUAAUAUUUUAAUUUAUCUGGAAGAGGGCUUUCAAAAGAGUGACAAACACAUGCUAAGCAACAUUGAAAGGAUCAAAAGGGAAGUGUCACAAAGAACGGAUCUUUUCGAAGCUGUUCUAAAAUACCUUGAAAACAAAAAAGUACGGGACGAUCUCUUCUAUUGGACGCCUGGAUACAAAAUUUCAAAUAUUUUUUGCUUUAUAAUGGAUAUUAUUCCAAAUUUUAUACCAUUAUACAAGGAGUACUACAUUGAGAAAAUAGUUUGUAAAAGGGAGUUUUACGAUGCUUCUAAUUUCGUUAAAGAAAGAUUUUCAAACGACUACGAACAGUUUAAUUUAAUCAACAUGGAUCUUUCGAUGUUUAGAAACUGCAUUUCAACACACAUUUGGACACAUGAGAAUGUAGGUCUAGAUCAGAGUGAAAUCCAAGCACUGGAAAAACUUAAUAUUCCUUAUUUUGUAAAUUUUACAGAUGAUUUAGAAGCCUAUAUUGUAGUAACAACGAGUUUUGUGGAUGUUACCAUAGGAAAUCAUAGCUUUACUGUUAGACUGGAUGCACUUAUUGGUCUACUUGUCAGGAACGAAAAAUACAGAAAUUUUUGGGACGAACAUGGCAUUUCAUAUGAAACAUUUAAUCAAAAGGCAGAUGUCAUACUAUAA